ACACAUGCACGCACACACAAACACACACAUUUUCUUACUUAAAAAAGAGAAAGUGAACGAAGAAGGAAAAAAUAGCUUUUCAGAUGAUGUGUGACUGCACUCACAAGAAGAAAUAAGCAAACUCAAAACUGUAAUCUGAAAAAUAGACUUGGAGUAAAGAGGAAAAAGUAGGGGGGGGGGGUGUAAUGAGGGACAGGGGGAGGAAAGACGCUUCAGUAAUGGGAAUUUGUUCUAAUAAAUAAACUACCUCCAAAAUAAAUCAUGACGUAUUCAGUAGUGCGAUUAUUGUCAACAAAAGAACAAAGUACCAAGUUGAUAUCUUGCCAAAAAUUGAAGAAAUACGCUAACUUUCCUGAAGGAGGAGUGCCUUUAAAGAAUAAAUCUGUGGCACGCGCCCCGAUCUAAUAACAAGAAACUUCCUCACCCUGAAGACUGGCAUUUCAGUGUUCACAGCGGGGCGAGAGUGCGUGAGCGAGUGGCACGCAGCCAGCCCAUGGGUGCGCGUGAAUGGCGCGCUGAUGAACGUGGGGGCUGCACUGGUGGAAAACUAGCCAUGCGGUAGUUUGCGAAACUGGCCGUUGAUUAUGGAGUAACUGUGCUUUGGAAUUACAAGACUUAUCCGCCCAGCUGGUCCUUCAUCUUCACCCUCAAAUUAUGUCAUCGCGCUGGUUACGGAUGCUGCUUUCCAAACUCUUCCAAUCUGUUAAUGGUGAAAGGAAACGUCCUGAGAAAUGUUGUGUUGGUGGUCUAACGACCUGUGUACCAGGACGUAAUUUCUGAAUUCGAGUGGCCAUACACAUGCACUCACUAUGAAGUUCCAAACAUGUCUAACUCCUCCAAACCGCCGCCUCUCAAGCACUCUCUCAACCCUCACUCAAAGCCUACUCCCCGCGCUGUCUCUCCUGACAUUCCUCGCCGUCCCAGUCCUCUUCCCGCGCCACGCAUCGUCCCAGAGGACCUUCCAGAUGGGGGUCCUGGUUCCGCUGAGUGGGCAAAAAAGCAUGGGCGUGGAGGUGGUCGCUGCAGCCUACCUUGCCCUGGAUAAGGUGAACGACGACGAUCAGCUGAUACAUCUCAGACGGCUGGGCUACAACUUCAGCGUCACUGUGAGAGAUACUGGCUGCGACACGGGCAAGGGUCUCCAGCAGGUGGUAGAUAUGGUCACUGACCUCUCGCAUACUGGCAAGAAGGUGGAUGCUUUUAUAGGACCUUCAUGUGACAACGUGUGUGAGGCGGCAGGUUUGCUGGCGGGUAGAUGGGGUAUCCCUAUGAUCAGCUUCGGUUGUGAGGAAAGCAAGCUCUCGGACAGAAAGAUAUACCCGACCUUUUUACGGACGACAAGCCAGUUCGCUUCCAUGGCACGUUUUAUGGAGAACAUUCUGUUGCACUACAAGUGGAGCCGCGUCAUGAUGGUCACUACCUCGUCCCAGGUCUGGCUGGAGACAGAGGCUGAGUUGCUGCAUGAGUUCAACUCGGGGAGCUUCAAGGCCUUUCAAUGGGACAUCAACGAGGAAGAGUGGCCGGGGAUCACAGACAUCUUGCGGGAGAAGACCAAGAUCAGCCACGGUACUUUUCAUUGGCACGCUGUUCUACUGUUUUAAGUCCAAAUUUGCAAGAGAGAGAGAGAGAGAGAGAGAG